UUAAUACACACGUGCUUAUGGCCUACCGCGGCGCCUGCGCGGUCGCAGCCUGCAGUUGGCCGUUAGGACAGACGCCUGUCGCACCUUGACUCCCGCUGUCCGCUCGAGCUGGUCUGUGCUCAGUGUCUUGUGUACAUUCUUGCAAGCGACGGUGCCAUGAGUAUGACUUCCAGCGUACGAGAUUGAAAAUCAAUUUAGAUCUUUUGAUUUGGGGGAAGAUGACCAUGACUUUUCUCAGUUAAUCCACUCCAUGCUGGGAAUAGACAACUCUCCUCUGAGGCUGAGGCUAACCAGACUAUGCAGAACUCUCUCCUCUCCAAAAUUCUCUGGAACUGGGUUGAAUGGAUUGCAGCGGUUACCAUUGCUGCUGGGACAGCUGCAGUUGGUUAUCUAGCUUACAAAAGAUUGUAUGUCAAAGAUCAUCGCAACAAAUCUAUGGUAAACCCUCACAUCCAGAAAGACAACCCCAAGGUAGUACAUGCUUUUGACAUGGAGGAUUUGGGAGAUAAAGCUGUGUACUGCCGUUGUUGGAGGUCCAAGAAGUUCCCACUCUGUGAUGGCUCUCACACAAAACACAAUGAAGAAACUGGAGACAACGUGGGACCUCUGAUCAUUAAGAAAAAAGACACUUAAAUGGACACUUUUGAUGCUGCAGACCAACUUGUCAUGAUGUUUCCUGAUCGUUUAAUUAGAAUGAGUACCACUUGUGUCUAAUUCACCUCCCCUGGGUUCUAGAUGUGGUAUAUUGCAAACUACAGCUUUCAUAUUCACGGCAUUUGCCUUAUUUGUUGAACCAUGGUGGUGCACAUUUGUUGAAACAAAAAAAAAAGGAAAAAGGAAAAUCCAGUCUCAUGGACUGUGGGUUAUUUUGGUCUUGUAAGGAUCCGUUUCUUUACAUUUAAAAAUGACAUUACAAUAUAGUUGUAUGGCGAGUUAACGUAUUAAAUUAUUCUCAAAAUCA